CAAAGUAUUAAGAAUUGACUUUCUACAGAAAAACUAAAUUUGUUUUCAUUCUGAAAAACUUGUGGACAAGUGGGGAAAAUUGUGAAAAUAUUUGAAUAGAAACAUGUCCACUUUAACGGAUCUGUCACCUGGCUCUACGGUAUUUCGUGCAGAUAGUCCUGCAAGUCCAACAAGGGCAUCUUUAUCAGAUAUGCUUAGUCGGAACAAAUUCUUAGAAGCUGCAAUUCCAAAAUGUGCCGGAUGUGGAGAACCUAUUUUAGACAGAUUUAUUUUAAAAGUUUUGGAACGUUCUUGGCAUUCUAAAUGUUUAAAAUGUUCUGACUGUAAACUACAGCUAAGUGACAAAUGUUUUUCAAAAGGUGAUAUGGUUUACUGCAAGGAUGAUUUCUUCAGGCGGUUUGGAACAAAAUGUGCAGGAUGCGAAAAGGGCAUACCACCAACAGAGGUGGUGCGCCGAGCUCAGGAUAAUGUUUACCAUCUAGAAUGUUUUGCGUGUUUAAUGUGUGGUAGACAGUUGAAUACUGGAGACGAAUUCUAUCUGAUGGAGGAUAGGAAACUCGUUUGUAAAACAGAUUAUGAAUCAGCAAAAGCUAGAGAGUAUGAUUUAGAUGCUGCAAACAAAAGACCAAGAACAACAAUAAAUGCAAAGCAACUUGAAGCAUUAAAAAGAGCAUACAACGAAAGCCCCAAGCCUGCAAGACAUGUCAGAGAACAAUUAAGUUCGGAAACUAGUCUUGAUAUGAGGGUUGUUCAAGUAUGGUUUCAAAACAGACGAGCGAAAGAAAAGCGUCUAAAAAAAGAUGCAGGACGGAAAAGAUGGAGUCCUUAUUUCCGACAACUUAAGCGCAAUGGUGAUCCAGACAGCUCUAAUAGUGCUGACGAUCGAUCAGAUGAUGGUCUUUUGGAUUGUCCAUACAUUGAUGAUGACCUUGACGAUCUCGAUGAUGUGGACAACAGUCGUUUGUCUGGUGAUAUGUUUAGUUCUGGACAACCCUUAGACAGGGAACCAAACAUGGGACAGGUACCAGUAGUACCGCCUGGAACUCCUCCAAUGGAUUCAUGGUCUCAUUUUUCAAAUAUUCCGCCCAACUCCUCUGGGUUUAUAGGUCGACAGUCUCCAAACAUUCCUAUGACCAACCACCCUGGCUCACACUUAAUGUCUAUUGAAAAUAUGACCAUACUUGGUGGAGGUCCCCGGAUGAUGGCCGCUGAUAUCAACGAUAAUAACAAUUCAUUUUCGGAUUAUCCGCCACAUACACAGAGUCAUCAUGUGGAAGUGUAUUAAAAUUGUAGAAACAAACGGAAGAAUAACGAUUAGUGUAGUGCCAUUGAUGGGUGGUUUCAGGUGGAGUCAACUUAUAAUAUAGAUCAUGGUGUAUAUAUUAAUUCAAUUAAUAUAAACAAUAUUCGUCACCUUAUAAAUUUAUGAGACAUCUUUUAUAUAAAAUACUUUAAACUGGAACAAUGGAUGAAUUUAUUGAUUCUUAUUUUUAAUUAUACUUGUGACUUUGGACAUGUGCAAUAUUCUUGUUAUUUGUAUAUUAUGUUAUACUAAGUUUAAUAUUUUAUAAAUGUGCAAUAUUUCUUUUAUGUAAUUUUAUGCUGUUUGACCAUUUUAUUUAUUUGUCCUAAAACAUAAAAAAAAACAGUUCUUUUUUAUUGGUAUGAGCGAGUACAUGGCAGUUAUUAUUGCUGUAAAUGUGUAUGAUACAGGAUUAUUUUCUGCGACUGUUACUGUACAGUCUAUUCAUUAGGUUGGCAACUGAAUCCCUGUUUAACUUUUUGUUUUUGACAGGUAACACUGGUGACUAGUUAACAGCAAUAAGUGGUAUAAGAUACAGCGGAUAUACUUCGACUUUUUACUUCCUGUACCUUUUUAUUUUUCUAAUAGUCUGAACAUACAUUUCAAAUUGUAAAUUUGUAAGAUUCUUCUGCUCAUAUAUAUAUAGAAAUAAAAAAUAGAAUUCCUUUGCCAUAAAACAUUCCUUAAGUUGUAUAUUGAAUGAAGGAAGCAGUUAUUUGAAAAAAAGGAGGAAAACACGGCAACUGAAAGUUUGAUUUUUUUCUCUUCAAAACUACAAUCUGUUUUAACACAGUGACGGCGACUCAAAUUUAUUAUCUUAAUACUAAACGAAAUCAUACCGACUAUUUUCUUACGCGAAGAAUGGGAUGGAAACAAAUUUUCCACAAAGUGCAACCGAAUUCAAAAAUGACGGAAUCAAGUUCCACUUAUAGAUGUAAUUUUGUUCUAUAUAUUUUCUGAUAGUCGUACAUCACUUUCUGAAAUCAUGUUCCAUUGAUAAAUUUAGAUUUUUCUAUCCUUCUUUUUAAAAUCUAAUUAUCCACUAACCUCGAUGACUCGUUUCCGGACAACAUAUACUGAUCAUAUAAUUUUUUUAAGUACAUGGAUAUUAUUAAUAGGACUCGAAUUGGUGUCGAAGCCCUUUAUUCAGUGUUUUUUAUUCAUUUUUUUUUUAUUUAUUUAACCUUUAAUACUCGAUGUCAUUCCAGCUCAUUUUCCGUAUUUCGAGGUAUUUUAUUUAUUGAACCACAUUCAUUUAUGUUUAUUUUUUAUGUCUACCUAUGUUAAAUUUUGUAUACAAUUGUUUUCAGUUUAUGUAAU